GGCUGUGGAGCGGACGGACGCGCCCGGUAUCCCGGGCGGGGGCUCCACUUGGGUAGGAGGAGGUGGAGGGGAAGAGACGCUCUCCCUGCCCUCAGCCUUUCAAAGCUCUGACCCCAAGGGCUAGGAGACUGACACGAGAGGAGAGCUAAAGUCUUCCUCCUCAGCUGCCUGAAGAGGCCGCGACCCUGGAGGGCCCUGAGCCCACCGCACCAGGGGUGCGCCUCAGUUGCCUAAAGCAAGCCUCAGUGACCAUUGCAAGGCCUCCAGUUGCCUAGACAACGAGCUCAGGGUCACAGCAACGACCCUUCCAGCCACCUGCCUCGACUGCUGCCUCAGGCACUAGUCCCAGCCCAGCGGGUGCCAGCCAGGUGACAUGUCGGUGCUCUCCACCCCCCGGCCUUCGAGGGUGACCACGCUGAAGCGCACAGCCGUGGUCCUGGCCCUCACCGCCUAUGGAGCCCACAAAAUCUACCCGCUGGUGCGGCAGUGCCUGGCUCCGGCCAGGGGCCCUCCGAGGCCGGCAGGGGAGCCCACGCAGGAGGCGUCUGGGGCAGCAGCCGCAGCAGCCAAGGCCAGUGUGAACCGGGUGUUCCUGCAGCGACUCCUGUGGCUCCUGCGCCUGCUCUUCCCCCGGGUCCUGUGCCGGGAGACGGGGCUGCUGGCGCUGCACUCGGCCGCCCUGGUGAGCCGGACUUUCCUGUCGGUCUAUGUGGCCCGCCUCGACGGACGUUUGGCCCGCUGCAUCGUCCGCAAGGACCCGCGGGCCUUCGGGUGGCAGCUCCUACAGUGGCUCCUCAUUGCCCUACCUGCCACUUUCAUCAACAGUGCCAUCCGCUACCUAGAGGGCCAGCUGGCCCUGUCCUUCCGCAGCCGUCUGGUGGCCCACGCUUACAGCCUCUACUUCUCCCAGCAGACCUACUACCGAGUCAGCAACAUGGACGGGCGCCUUCGCAACCCUGACCAGUCCCUGACGGAAGAUGUGGUGGCCUUUGCUGCCUCUGUGGCCCACCUCUACUCCAACCUGACCAAACCACUCCUGGACGUGGCCGUGACCGCCUACACCCUGCUUCGGGCAGCCCGCUCCCGCGGGGCCGGCACGGCCUGGCCCUUGGCCAUCGCCGGCCUUGUGGUGUUCCUCACGGCCAACGUGCUGCGGACCUUCUCGCCCAAGUUCGGGGAGCUAGUCGCAGAGGAGGCACGGAGGAAGGGGGAGCUGCGCUACAUGCACUCUCGUGUGGUGGCCAACUCGGAGGAGAUCGCUUUCUACGGGGGCCACGAGGUGGAGCUGGCCCUGCUGCAGCACUCCUACGAGGAGCUGGCCUCCCAGAUCAACCUCAUCCUGCUGGAGCGCCUGUGGUACGUCAUGCUAGAGCAGUUCCUCAUGAAGUAUGUCUGGAGCGCCUCGGGCCUACUCAUGGUGGCUGUCCCCAUCAUCACCGCCACUGGCUACUCAGAGUCAGACUCGGAGGCAGUGAGAAAGGCUGCCUUGGAGAAGAAAGAAGAGGAGCUGGUGAGUGAACGCACUGAAGCCUUCACCAUCGCCCGCAAUCUCCUCACGGCUGCUGCGGACGCUAUUGAGCGUAUCAUGUCAUCAUACAAGGAGGUGACAGAGCUGGCUGGCUACACAGCCCGGGUUCAUGAGAUGUUCCAGGUUUUCGAAGACGUCCAGCACUGUCAUUUUAAGAGGCCUGGGGAGCCAGAGGAUGCCCCAGUGGGUCCUGGGGCUGUUGUGAGCCCUGGUGUUCGUGUGGAGGGGCCCCUGAAGAUCCGAGGCCAAGUGGUGGAUGUGGAGCAGGGCAUCACCUGUGAGAACAUCCCCAUCAUCACGCCCACGGGAGAGGUGGUGGUGGCCAGCCUCAACAUCAGGGUGGAGGAGGGCAUGCACCUGCUCAUCACGGGCCCCAAUGGCUGUGGCAAAAGCUCCCUGUUCCGGAUCCUGGGUGGGCUGUGGCCAGCCUAUGGCGGCGUGCUCUACAAACCCCCGCCUCAGCGCAUGUUCUACAUCCCGCAGAGGCCCUACAUGUCGGUGGGCUCACUACGAGACCAGGUGAUCUACCCGGACUCCGUGGAGGACAUGCGGAGGAAGGGUUACUCGGAGCAGCACCUAGAGGCCAUCCUGGACAUUGUACAUCUCCACCACAUCCUGCAACGCGAAGGAGGUUGGGAGGCCGUGUGUGACUGGAAGGAUGUGCUGUCGGGUGGCGAGAAGCAGAGGAUCGCCAUGGCUCGCAUGUUCUACCACAGGCCCAAGUACGCCCUCCUGGACGAGUGUACCAGCGCUGUCAGCAUCGACGUGGAGGGCAAGAUCUUCCAGGCAGCCAAGGACGCAGGCAUUGCCCUGCUCUCCAUCACCCAUCGCCCCUCCCUGUGGAAGUACCACACACACUUGCUGCAGUUUGACGGGGAGGGAGGCUGGAAGUUUGAGAAGCUGGACUCGGCGGCCCGCCUGAGCCUGACCGAGGAGAAGCAGCGGCUGGAGCAGCAGCUGGCAGGCAUCCCCAAGAUGCAGCGACGCCUGCGGGAGCUUUGCCACAUCCUGGGCGAGGAGGCGGCCCCCGAGCAGCCCCCGGCCCCCAGCCCCCCAGGCCCUGGGCUCUCCCGGGGUGCCACCACCUGA